UUGACAGGGACCCGGGCGGGGCGGAGCGGAGCCGGCGUCAAAUAGAAAAAUUGGGCAGAACAGGAGAAUGAAGGUGAACAAUGAAUGGAUUGGGAGUCCUGAGGUUGUCAGGAUAGCGGUGUCCAGUCAUUACGCUUGCAGUGUGUUUGGACAGGAGUUUUACAAUUGCAGUGGUGUUAUUUAAAAAAAAAGACAUUCCCAGAUAACUUGGGGGAUAGUUCUGCCUUCCCUCUGAAAUUGAAGUGAAGGACGGGAGUUUUAAAAAAGUUUUGUUUUGGGCAAAAAAAAAGUUCGGUCGGAGAAGCUUUGAAUUGGAUACCUUUGUGGGAAAGAAAAUCUUGUUUUAAACAAAAAAAAAGCAGGAAGAUUCGCUGCAGAACUUGAAACGGUCUGUAUCCUCCUCACACAGGGGGAGUUAACAAAAAGAAAGAGGAAAAAAAAACUCAGCGCUUUUAUGUCGUGGGGAAAAUAGAAAAGAGAGAGUUGGAGAGCGACCCCGAUCGCAGCGGAAUUGGCCAGGAAUUGAGCAAACAGUUCCAAAGCUGCACAAUGGCCGGAUUGUACAACCCGACCCUGAAGACUCUUGAAGAUCUGACUCUGGACUCGGGUUAUGGAGCAGGGGAUUCCUGCAGGUCGCUCAGUCUCUCCUCUUCCAGAUCCAACUCGCAGGCCCUGCAGUCAGCUCACCGGGGGAACUGGUGGUACCUGUCCGGCUCCAUGAACAGCCGCAACAACAGCUGGGACACUGUCAACACGGUGUUGCCCGAGGAGCCGGAACUCGGCGACAUCUUCUUCAAAUGCCCCCGGCUCCCGGAGCUCGAGGAGUUCCCCUGGACCGAGGAGGACGUGGGCAAGCUGCUGCGGAAAGGGCGAGCCGCCGGGGAGGCUGGCAAACUCUUCUCGCAGGAAGCGGUGAGGCGCCUGUCCAUGCUGCUCAGGAGGGCUCUGCUCCGGGUCACCAGGGAAGCUCAGAGGCUCAGCGUCGUCCACUGCAAAUGCACCAGGUUCGAGAUACACAGCGCCAUCCGGCUCGUCCUGUCCUGGUCCCUGUCCGAGAGCUGUGUCUCCGCUUCAGUCAAAGCCCUGUCCCUGUACAACAUGAGCGCUGGGGACCGGCUGCGGAAAAGCAAGAGUUCCAGGUGUGGCCUUACUUUCUCGGUGGGGCGCUUCUUUAGAUGGAUGGUGGACACAAGAGUUUCCGUGCGUAUUCAUGAAUAUGCUGCGAUCUCUUUGGCCGCUUGCAUGGAGAGUCUGUUGGAGGAGAUUGGGAUCAGGGUAGCAGCAGGACAUGGUUCAGAAGGAGGAGGGGGAGCCAUGCAUGACGGCAGACAAGAGCUUUCGAUGGAAAUGUUGGAGCUGUGCAUCAACAAUGAUGCAGAACUCUGGGGAGUCCUGCAGCCUUACGAACAUCUCAUCUGCGGCAAGAAUGCAAAUGGUGUGCUCUCCUUGCCUGCCCACUUCAGCUUAUAUAACAACGGAUUGUCAACGAAAGAUGGUCGUGCUGAUGCAUACGCUCAACUGGAACUUCGAACCUUGGAGCAGUCCCUACUGGCAACAUGUGUCGGGAGCAUUUCUGAGCUGAGUGAUCUGGUGUCUCGAGCUAUGCACCACCUGCAGUGCUCAAACACAUUGUCUCCAGGUGUGAGUCCGUGUCGCCAUGGCAGACAGCAGCCUGUCACCUGGUCUCCCGAUGCCCUGCACACACUUUACUAUUUUCUGCGAUGCCCUCAGAUGGAAUCGAUGGAGAAUCCCAACCUGGAUCCCCCCCGAGUUUCCUUAAAUAAUGAGAGGCCGUUCAUGUUGCUCCCUCCACUAAUGGAGUGGAUGAGAGUAGCCAUCGCACAUGCUGAGCAUCGACGCAGUUUAACUGUCGACAGUGACGAUGUGAGACAAACUGCUCGUUUGCUGCUACCAGGGCUGGAUUGUGAACCACGGCAAUUGAAAACUGAAGACUGCUUCAGUUCAUUUCGUAGACUGGAUGCAAAAGCUGCUACUGCUAAGUUUCAGCAAGACCUUGGAUUCCGUAUGUUAAGCUGCGGCAGAACAGACCUGGUGAAUCAGGCCAUCGAACUCUUAGGACCCGAUGGUGUUAACACCAUGGACAACCAGGGAAUGACACCACUGAUGUAUGCCUGUGCUGCUGGAGAUGAAGCCAUGGUCCAGAUGUUAAUUGAUGCUGCUGCGAACCUGGAUCUUUCACUCCCCAGCAACACUCAGAGAUACCCCUCAGUGCAUCCAGACAGCAGAGGCUGGACAGCUCUCACCUUCUCUGUUCUGCACGGACACAUUCCUGUGGUUCAGCUUCUGCUUGAUGCUGGAGCCAAUGUGGAAGGUGGACUUGUUAAUGCUGGGGAAGAUAAUUGUGCAGAAACACCACUUCAGUUAGCUUCAGCAGCAGGUAACUACGAGUUGGUUAGCCUCCUGCUCAGCAGAGGUGCAGAUCCUCUACUGAGUGUACUUGAUAGAAAUGGGAUGACAUCAGUGCUACAUGAGAAUAUGAACUGCUUUAGCCAUGCAGCUGCUCAUGGACACAGAAAUGUGCUGCGCAAGUUGCUUACACCACCCCAAGCUCCAAAGACUGAUGUAUUAUCUCUGGAAGAAAUCUUAGCUGAGGGAUUUGAGAGUGAUACUUCAAGCAUGGGAAGUAUAAAUGAAGGACAGGUUAAACUCUGCAAAGCCAGAAUGAAGGCUUUACAAGAAGCUAUGUACUACAGUGCUGAACAUGGUUACCUUGAUGUCACCAUGGAAUUGAGGAAUCUUGGUGUACCCUGGAAAUUACAUGUCUGGAUUGAAUCUCUGAGGACCUCAUACAAUCAGUGCAGAUAUCCUGUAAUGCAGUACUUGUUACGGGAAUUCACUACCAUUAGACAAGAGGAUUUCAAUGAGGAGCUGAUCAAUGAGGGGCUUCCAUUGAUGUUUGACAUUCUUAGGGUUAGCAAGAAUGAUGCACUCAAUCAGCACCUAGCUUCUAUCUUCAUUUAUUGCUUUGGUAACGCUCCUAUUCCUAGUAUCCCGGAGUUAAAGAGAAUGCCACCUGCUCGAUUAGACCCUCACUUUCUGAAUAAUAAAGAAAUGUCGGAUUUAACUUUCUUAGUGGAAGGAAAGCCUUUUUAUGCACAUAAAGUUCUCCUAAUUACUGCUUCCAACAGAUUUAAGAUGCUACUGGCUAAUAAGACAUCUCCAGAGAAUGAGCCAUGCAAGUGUAUAGAGAUCAGCGAGAUUAAGUAUCACAUUUUCCAGAUGAUGAUGCAGUACUUGUAUUACGGUGAUACAGAGUCAAUACAUAUAUCAGUUACUGACGUGCUGGAGCUACUGUCUGCAGCAAGCCUAUUUGAGCUGGAAUCAUUGCAGAGACAUUGUGAGAUCAUCUGUACCCAAAUAAUGAACCUAGAGAAUGCAGUCAUCAUUUAUUGUUAUGCUAAGAUACACAAUGCUGUCAAAUUGCUUUCCUACACAGAGAGCUUUUUCUUGAAAAACAUGGGUGCACUUCUCGAUCAAGAAUCUUUCAAACAGCUGAUUUAUGGGCGCAACAGUAAACUGCAGGGACUGGAUCCCCUACAGGGCUUGGACUUGGCAUUAGCCAACAGAAUGCGAUCACUCUACAUCAUGUCAAGGGUGUGAAAUAUUAAUCAGCAAUAAGCUGGGAACAUACAUGCAGUACUAGAGACCCAAGGUGGCCUAUCUCUUGUCUCAGUCAUUUUAUUCCCUUACUUUGUGAUGGUUGGUUUCUUGCUGAUUUAAUCAUCAUCAUCAACAGCACACAGAUCAACAUGAUUUCCUCUGUGAAUUGUGCUUGAUGAUUUCAUGGCUGUUAGGUAAAAGCCAAAUCUGCAGAUGAGCUGGUGAUCGACACUUGAUGAUAAUUCUACAUGACUAUUUCUUAUCCCUGAUAUCUCACAGCCACAUUGGAGUAAUGGUGAGAGGCUACUUGAGCCACAUUGCUUUUGUCUAAAGUGACAAGGGAGGGAUCAGAUAGGUGAUAUUGUACCUUUGCAAACCAAAAUAACUUUCUUGCAUGUUUUUGGCCUUUUCUCAAACUCAAAAGGAGGAUAACAGAACUGUUGGUACUACUCUUCUAACACGAGAAAGAAUCUAACCACCUCCCCUUGGUAUUGUCGAAUUUCACACUUUUAAUAUUAUGAGUGUAACCAUUAGCCAGAAACUGAAUUAGAUUAGUCAUUUGAAAUGUGGUUCAAAAGCCAGUCAGAGGCUUGGAAUUCUGAGGCAGAUGAUGUGAACUAAAGCUCAGGAGGAGUGUGAUAAAAUAUUCUGAACUUGCCUGGAUGGGUGCAGCUCCAACAACACUCAAGAAGCUUCACAACGUCCAAAACAAAGCAGCCUGCUUGUCUGACGUUCGAUCAACCACCUUAAAAAAGCAUCAACUAUCUUCACUAUCACUAUGUAUUCCAACAACAAGAUGCAUUGCACCUUUCAAAUUCAUAAUCCUAUUAUGGACAAGGACAAGGACAACAGAUAUGUAUAAGUAUCAUUACCAGAAAGUUUCUUUUCAGGGCAUACAAUAUCAUGACUUGGAUAUUGCAAUUCCUUCACUAUUGCAGAGCCAAAAAGUUCUGGAACUCUCUUCCGAAUAGCACUGUGAGUAUACCUACAAUACCUGAACUGCAACGAUUCAAGAAGACAGCUUGCCCCUACCUUCUCAAAGGCAAGUGACACACAUCCCAUGGGAAAAAAAAAUUCAGACUAUGCAUGCAGCUUAAAUAUUCAACAUAAUUCUACUUACCUGUGCAG